GAGCGCGCCCCCGCCUGAGCUCCCCGGCAGAGGGAGGACUGUCAUCCAUCAGGGCGUGUACGGCGAGAAGGAAGGAAGGAAGGAAGGAAGGAAAAGAAACGAAAGGGAGAGGAGAGGUUAGGGACAUUGCAAUCGAGAGAGAGAGGGGGAAGGGAGAAGAAAAGGAAAUAAAGAUAACGUCAGUAAUAGAGAGAGAGAGAAUAAAAGGGGAGUGGUGCAUCCUAUCCUCGCCCCCUUCACCUGGGCACAGGUGACGUCGUCGAGCCAGUGAGACCGAUUGAGCGUGACUCCCUCCCCAGCUCCCCUUGUCACUGUGACUUUGCUGGAUGUAAUGUCAGUCAGUCACUGGGGAAAAUGACAGGGAGUAAAAGGGCGUUGUUGCUGCAUACACUGUCUCUGCUGCUGGUGCUGUUUCUGAAUUCGUGCAAACAAGGCAAAGCCAUCAAGAUUCCACCAGAAUAUAAACUGCUGGAAGAUCUGAAACAGCCACCAGUAAUUACAGAGCAGAGCCCGGAGAACUACACCGUGUUCCCCACGGACGACAUUGUACUGAGAUGUGAAGCAAAGGGAGUGCCCGCACCCGAGUUCCGCUGGACGAAGGACGGGAAGGUGUUCGAUCCGACAAAGGACCCCCGGGCCACGAUGAACGCCACCUCGGGCACCGUAGUUAUUGCCACCUCUGCCAACGGGGUCUCCAUCAGGCGUUACCAGGGGACGUACCGCUGCUACGCCAGCAACACAUACGGCACGGCCAUCUCCACCAAUAUUAACCUCAUCACAGAGAGCACCCCAAAGUGGCCGAAGGAGAGUGUGCGGCAUUUUAAGAAGGAAGCUGGUGAGUCGCUGGUGUUGCAGUGCAAUCCUCCAACCAGCAUGGCAUCCUCGAUGAUCAUCUGGAUGACCAGCAAGCUGUUCAACAUCAAACUGAGCGAACGUGUGUCCCAGGGACUGAACGGAAACCUCUACUUCUCCAACCUGGAGGUGGAGGACAGCUUGGAAGAUUACACGUGCUAUGCGCAGAUUCCCGGGACGAGGACCAUCAUUCAGAAAGAGCCCAUUGCCCUGCAGGUCGCCCCUUCGAACUCUGUGAAGUAUCGGAAACCACGGCUGAUGUACCCCACCGGGCACAGCAGCUCAAAGCUGGCUCUGAGGAGCAGGGCCCUCUACUUGGAAUGUAUUGCAGAGGGAUUCCCGACUCCCACUGUACAUUGGCAACGUUUGGAUGGCGACCUCCCCCGGCACAGGAUCAGCUAUGAAAACUUCAACAAGACCCUGAAGAUACGGGACGUAAUUGAGGACGAUGACGGGGAAUAUCGCUGUGUCGUCAGCAAUGGUCAGGGCCGGGUCCAGCACACCUACCAUGUAUCUGUUGAGGCUGCUCCAUACUGGGUGAAGAAGCCAGAGGAUGGGAUUUACGGGCCCGGGGAGAAUGUGCGGCUGGACUGCGACAUCGACGCCAAGCCCAAAGCAGAGAUCCGCUGGAGAGUCAAUGGAGUUCUGCUGAGCGAAGUUGAUCCGAGCCCUUCCAGGAAGGAGCUGGGACACACUGUGAUCCUGAGCAGUGUUCAGAAAGAGGACACAGCGAUAUACCAGUGUGAAGCUAAGAACAAACACGGCACUCUCCUGGCGAACAUCAUCGUCCAGGUCAUCAGUGAGUGUGCGUCUGUCUCUCCCGGACUGUUACCUGUGCAGGUGAGUGUGCGUCUGUCUCUCCCGGACUGUUACCUGCACAGGACCAAGGAAGGCGUGGAGGCUGUUUUGCAGGAUCAGCGAUAUUUCCUGAACACGAGCGGGACACUCCGCAUCGAAGAUGCUCGCAAGUCAGAUGGCGGAGUCUUCACCUGCAAUGCCUCAAACACAGUCGGAACAGACAGCAUUACCGGCACCCUCACUGUGAAAAAGCCCAGGGUGCUGAAGAAUGUCAGCUACACAGUGGGCGACACACACACCAACCUCAGCUGGAUCGGGCUGGAAGGGCACAGGGUGACAGAGCUCCAUGUUCAGUACAGGACAAAGGAUGGUGCUGCUGACUGGAGGGACUCGAAGCCAGUGAACUCGAGCCAGAAUUUCUUCAUGUUGGACGGUCUGCAGCCUGGAACUCCAUAUCGUGUUAAACUGUGGCAGCUUGGACGGUUCAAAAACGUCACUGUUUGGGAGAAAGACAUAGAGACAGUUGGACCAGCUUUCACCGAGAUCAGUAAUGGCAUCGUCACUCAGGGCUGGUUCAUCGGACUCAUCAGUGCUAUCAUCCUUCUGAUCCUCAUCCUGCUCAUUGUCUGCUUCAUCAAGAGAAAUAAAGGUGGCAAGUACUCAGGUACAGAUGGUGCCCGCUGCCAUUCCGGCUCUCAGCAGUUCUUUCUGUCCCCACGGGAAGAGCGGUUUGGGAAGGAGAAGAGACCCAUUUCUUGCGAGGCCAGUGGCCCGGUUUCAUCCAUGAGACGUCGUCCAUCUCAAGCGACUCUUCGGCUUGCGUGUACGUGCAGGGGUCGGGAGUGGGGAGGAAGAGGUGAUAGAAUGAAUGAGCCUUGUGCCUCACCCUUGCCCUGUUCUAACCCCCCCCGCCACCCCCCAAAACCCUGCAGCGACAACGACCAGGAAGAGAAACCAUUUGAUGGUAGCCAGCCAUCGCUGGACGAGCAAAUAAAGCCCCUGGGCAGUGAUGACAGCCUGGUGGAUUACGGUGGCAGCGUGGACAUGAGGUUUAACGAGGACGGAUCGUUCAUCGGGCAGUACAGUGGCAAGAGGGAGGGCAAGGACAGGGCCAACGGAAAUGGCAGCUCAGGGGGUAACUCACCCGUCAACGUAGACAUCACUCUGGAUUAGAUUCGAUGGCUGCCAGCGGCCCUCUGACUAGCCCCGAACCACAGCACCGACUUCCCUCAACCCCUAACGGUGCUACCUAUAAUUGCCAAACUUUCUUUCGUAUUUUAAUUACCCCAUCUUUUGAACCCUCACUCCCCCCAACCCCCCACCCCCCCGUCAGACAAUUUAGAAGCGGUUACGGUCAUCCUGUGAACGUCUGAUGCUGAUUUCCCAUGCCCCCCCCCCCCCCAAACGUCACAGCAGAGCAGGAUCGAGCAACGUUCUCCAGGGAAUGCAGAAGGCGGGGAUGUGGGGAGGGGUAUCUAGUUCAAGCACGGCCAGAUUGGACAAAGCACCCCCCCCCAACCCCUUUCUCUCGUCGUUUGCAGCCCGAGGUUCAGCCAGGCCCGGGGUUUCUACCAGAGAAAACCAAGGGAGUGGGCAGCACGCUAAUUCGUGUUCCCCGCCCGACCCCCCCCCCCACCAAACCUGGUCCCAGUGAGCUCAGUCACUCUGGGUCUAAAACCCCAGCCCACCCCACCCAAGAAGGGCUAGGUGGGGAAUGGUGUAGAGUGAGCUUUGCUCUGUAUCUAACCCCCCUAUUCCUGGGAGUGUUUGAUGGGGGGACAGUGUAGAGGAAGCUUUACUCUAUCUAACCCCAUGCUGU